AUGCAUAAUAAUACUCCCCCAAUCCCUCCGGCGGGCCCUCAGAGACCGCCGCAGCGGGAUUCUCAACAAGAAGAAAAGCCACCGCAUUCAUCCUCUGGUUCCUCCUCUAAUCCCUCAGCCGAUUCGUCCUCGCAAAUCCCUUCAAUGGCCAGCAGAAUCCAAGAUUCCGCAUCAGGAUUGCUAUAUAAUACCUUCUCAGGUCCCUCGUCCCGCUCUGUCGCAGACGAUAUAGCCUCGACCCUUGCCGCUGGCCUAACCUUCUCCGGAAAAGGCAGCUUAUCGUCCUCUCCUCACGCUCCACUACAAGCCAGCUCCUCAACUUCGGGGAAUAUCCUCCAGUCUCAUGGAUUAAGCCUAAUGCAGCCGUCAAUUCGAGCUGGCGGAGAUCGAAUGUUCCCUUCUGAAUCAUUUCGUUCUACGCCGUCAUCAACGUCACACGUGCACAAUGAAGAUAAUAAAGCCUGGGAACAAUUCCAGGACUCUACGCAGAAGAACGCCGCGAACAAUGACACACUCCUCCUAAACGCCUACGAUCUAUCUAGCGCGAAAGGGAAAGGGAAAAGGAAAUCACAAGAAGAAACAGACCUCAUUCGCACCACCUCCUCCAUCACCCCUGACCAACCUGGCAACUUCGACUCCGCCUGGCACAACCCCUACACUCCAAACACCGCACACAAUCACAACAAUAACCACAUCUACACCCCCAAACCCACCGAUGGCCAAGCAGUCGUUUCCCUCCUAUCCUCACCCUCUUUCCAAUCAACCGCCUUCACACCUCCAGAAUCUCCACAAUCCGAACUCUUCGAGCUCGACACGUCCAUGCUCCCCCAUUCCUCCUCCACCAUAAGCCCCACUCCUCUAUCCAAACCACCCUUCACAUCCGCAGCCACAACAUCAAUCCCCACCUUCCUCCCCAGCCAACUCAGUCUAAUCCCAGAUAUCGCUUCCAUACUUUCAGCUAUACAACAACAAGAUUGUGACUGGACGCAACUUCCCAGUGUAGCAGAGUGGUUGGAAGUUGACCAGACGUACCAGGAUACGGUGUGGGGAUUUCUAAAGCCAUAUGUGGAGGCGGUGAGGAAGGAGAUGGGGGAAAAGGGAGAGAUUAUGGACGAUGGGCCCGCGGUGAAGAGGCUGGGGCUGGUUCUGGGGCAUUUGAGUGCGAGAUUGUAA